UCACCAUAACAAGUUACUAAAACUACUAACAGUCUGCUAAAUGUUGUGUGAUGCGUCUAGUGUGUUGGUGUUAGUGUCUGUGUGCUUGUCACCUCUCGCUUUGCCAUCACCGCUGGCUAGCAGCAAUGCGAAAAGGGAAGGAAUUUUUAUGUCUUUCCCUGCCAGUACAUAUCCUCUCCACAACAAGUCCUAUGCGAUGCCUCCACAUGGAAGCAGACGGAUACUGGGCACCUUUUGGUCCCAGGCUAAGUUCGCAAGGGCGCACAGAAAGAUGAGUCUUGAAAGCCUUGGCUGGCACCUCAUCCUAGAUGAGAAAACUGAUCACAACCCUGAUUUAGUAGGAGAUUUAAGCCCUGUUCACACAGAGAAUUUAAUUCGAAUCAAACGUCUGAUGUAUGUUGGCAGCUGAUUCUGGUCAGCAUACCACACAUACCCUCUUUAGAGAGACUGGUACACAGGUGACUGACAGCCAUUACCACAUUUAGCUGUGC